AUGGCGGCGCCCAGCGCGGCGGGGCUGGGCCGGCGGCUGCGGGCGUGGCUGCCCCGGAUAAUGCCCGUGAGAUGGAGCCGCUACAACCCCAGCUACCUGGAGCCAGAAGUGAAAAAGGAAUCGCAUGAGAAACCUUUAGAGGAGCUGACGGAGGAGGAAAGGGAACAAAUGGAGCUUAAGGCUGUUCGACCCAUCAAAGCUGCUCCUCCCAGUCUGUCCAGUUCCGUGUUCAGCGACCCCAUGAUCAGUAAAUUCACCAAUAUGAUGAUGAAGAGUGGAAAUAAAGUGCUGGCCAGAAACCUCAUGUCUCAGACUCUGGAGGCCAUUAAAAGGAAGCAGCUGGAGAAGUACCACAAAGCUCCAGAAAAUGAGAAGGAGACAAUUGAAUGCAACCCCUACGUCAUUUUCCACCAGGCUCUCAAGAACUGCCAGCCCAUCAUCGGGCUCAGCAACAUCACCAGAGGAGGCAAAACCUACCAGGUGCCCGUCCCGCUGACGGACAAUCGGAAGCGCUUCCUGGCCAUGAAGUGGCUGAUCACAGAGUGCAGGGAGAACAAGCACCGCCGGACACUGAUGCCAGAAAAGCUCUCCCAGGAGCUGCUCCAGGCCUUCAACAACGAGGGGCCCGUCAUCAAGAGGAAGCACGUCCUGCACAAGAUGGCAGAGGCCAACCGGGCGUACGCUCACUUCCGCUGGUGGUAGGGACCCUGCGUGGGACACGCUGCCAUGGCCUGGAGAGCAGAGCCCCAGGCUGCCAGCCUGGGACAGGGCAAGGGGGAACAUCCCUUGCAGCAGCUUCUGUUCUAACCCAGGGAAAGCUCACACGAUCCCCACGAGGUUCUUUUUCUUUGUGCUUGUUUGGAUGGGGGAAGGGGGAGCCUGAGUUACCAGCCUCAGUGGGGCUGCUCCAGUUAGUUCAUCAGCACUUCCCUGUGAAGACAAGCCUUAGAUGUUUUUCUUACAGCAACGCCACAC